AUGGCUUCUCCAGAGCCUCAAGGCUUCACCCUGUUGCUCAUCUAUAGCGUCUACGUGGUCACACUUGGCCCUCUACUCUUUGGGUACCACUUGGGAGAACUCAAUGCCCCUCAGAAGGUCAUCACUUGUCAAGUCGACCAAAUCCCUGGAUAUGUUGCCCUAGGGCUCCCUCACUGCAUUCGGAUGAACGCUUUCCAAUGGGGGAUGGUGCAGUCCAUGUUUACUGUCGGAGGUCUCUUCGGAGCCAUUAUGAGUGGUGCCGUCGCCACAAGAUUCGGACGACUCUUUGCCUUGAAAUGGGCCUCCUUUUUCCUGGUCGGCGGACCUAUUGCCGAAGCACUUGCGGGUAAAAUAUGGGUAAUGGCCUUGGGCAGAGCUCUCUCUGGACUUGGAGCCGGUACGGCCACCGUUGUAUCUCCUAUCUACAUCUCCGAGGUAUCGCCCCCAACGCGCCGUGGCUUUUUCGGGGCCUUUACCCAGGUCCAAAUCAACUUCGGCAUCGCUGUGGCACAACUCCUCGGAUUUUUCUUGUCCAAAUCCAACAAAUGGCGUUGGGUCCUGGCCGCCGGCGGCUUCAUUGCCGGACUCAUGUUCUUCGGCCUCAUGCUCACGCCAGAAACUCCGAAAUGGCUUGCGGCAAACAAUCGACCGCGAAUGGCACGAGGUAUUCUGCAGCGCCUCAGAGGGAAGACGGCAGACAUCCGGGAGGAGAUAGAGGACUGGGAGAUGUCGGGAGAAGCUGAAGAGGAAAGCCUUCUCGGAGCCUCGAGAGGCUUUCGACAGCGCAAAGAACCCGGCCGAUCCAUCAUUGACGUCGUCAGAAGGCGUAGGUACCGACGGCCCUUGGUUGCGGUGACGGGUACCAUGAUGGCUCAACAACUCUGUGGUAUCAACAGCGUUGUCAUGUACAGUGUCGCCAUUAUUGGCAAGAUCAUGCCCAAACACGCCGGCCUCGUCACGGUCAUCGUCUCGGGGGCGAAUGUCCUCGUCACCUUGUUAGCAGCCCCUCUACCUGACAAAAUUGGUCGAAAGCCCUGUCUCCUUAUUUCGAUCGUGGGAAUGGGCUUGGCAUCGGGCAUGCUGUAUGCGGGGCUCGCAAGGGAUAUUCAAGCCCUCACGAUCGUUGCCGUUGCACUAUUCGUGGCCAGCUUUGGGAUCGGACUCGGACCCAUUCCGUUCAUUUUAUCGAGUGAACUUGUCGGACCUGAGGCUGUUGGAGCUGUCUCAAGCUGGGCACUUGCAGGCAACUGGCUAUCGACAUUCUUAGUGGCGAUGUUCUUCCCUAUCUUGAACAAGGUACUUGAAAAUAAUGUGUGGUGGAUCUUCGUGGGAGUUUCUGGGGUUUGGGCUAUCUUUGUGGCCGUCUUUGUCCCCGAAAGCAAAGGCAAGGCCAAUGCGGACGAGGUGUGGCGGAGAAGUCGACCUUCCUGA